AUGUUCGAGGACCUCGCUGGAGUGUGGGAGGUCGCGCUGAGCGACGGGGUCCACAGAAUCGUUUUCGUACACGGGUAUGCCACCGGCAAGAGGAUCGUUUACGUCGACGGAAAGGAGGUGCUGAAGCGGGUCUGGAUGUUCGUGCUGGCAGGCAAGGAAACAUUCAAGAUGGGCAAAUUGGACAGCCAAGGCACCAUCAUCAUAAAGGACAAUGGUUUAGCCUGCGAAUACACUCUUGAGAUCAACGGCAAGAGUCUGAAAAACAUACAGAACAGGGAAGAAGUGAUGAACAACUGGUUGCUCGACCUCGAUAUAAAGGAUGCAAGGGUGGUCUUGGGUAUCUUCAAUUGGAACGUAGAGGAGCAUAAGGUCUCCAAUGAUCUCCGUGAUGCCAUCAUGGAGGAGGAAAGUGGAUUCCAGUGA